AUGGCCGCGCGGAAGCCGAUCUUCAACCAGCAGGUGCUUUACGACACUACCCCGCUGCCGGACUCGAUUCCUAAAGUCAAGGAGAUCGGCGCCAGCUCCGGUCCUCUGCUUUCGGCCGCGUUCUUUAUCGGAGCUCGCUGUAAGGACUACAACGAUGAUUACAUGCAAUGCAAGACCGAGAAGCCGGGCCGUGGCGAGUUUGAGUGCAUGAAGGAGGGUCGUCGGGUCACCCGUUGCGCUCGUAGUGUUCUCGAGGAUAUUAACAAGUCCUGCCUUGAGCAGUUCCGCGCUCACUGGCAAUGCCUUGAGAACAACAACCAUCAGUUAUGGCAAUGCCGCCCGGACGAGUGGAGGUUGAACAAGUGUGUCUUUCAGAACCUGAACCUCGAGAAAGUUAUCCCCGACCAGCCGAAGCAAUCAACCCCAGUGCACCUACGAAAGUCACAGGUGUUCGCUCACAAUGUAAUCUUGCCGUUUGAUAGGCCCUUUGUCGCCGGGCAACCAGAGGAGCCGCGCCGGACUCGUGCAGCCGCGAAGGAAGAAGCAACAUGA